AUGAGCCCGCGUUCCAGAGUCGGGUCCUUCUUCUGGAAAACAUCGUGGGCGUACCGCCCCGCCAUGGUGACAGGGCUCGUCUCCAUGCUAGUUUAUAUUGCGCUUUCUUUAGGUAAGCUCUUCAUGUCAGAGAACUGGAUGAAGCAGCACAAGCAGUAUACCGGCGCUCAGAAGGAACGAAUCGAAGAGGCGGCCAGGUGGAAAGGAAUAACGUUUGAGGAGGCCAUUGAGAAGAAGAGGGGGUUCAGAUACCUGUACUAA